UCAGGCUCAAUGCAAACCCCACUAGCUUCCACACUGCAAUUGUGCUAACCCUGGGCUUGAACCCAGGGUCCCAGGACCCUUAAGGGUUGGAGGUCUGAGCCCUAUUGCUUUGCAGUGUAGACAUGACCUUGGCUUGAUUCAGGUCUUGGGAGUCUGCCGGAUGUAUCCCAGAGGUCAUUGGGACAACUUCCUUAGUUCUCUCUAUGCCAGCAAUCUGCAAUGCACUCUACUGCAAACGGAAGCCCCCCUUCCGAAUGGCAGCAAGUCAGCGUUAACCCAUUGUCUUCUGAGCACCGCUCUGCAAGCACACGGUGAGAAAUCCUCCAGGGUUUGCAAUGGAGACUGAUCCAUUCAAGCCUUUUGUAAAGCGAGCUGCUUCCUGGUCACUUGAGCACAGCCAGAUUUUGGUGAAUCUGUGGUGUGAGGCCAGUAAAACUGUGGAUUUCAGCAAAAGCACCAGGAAUGACCACCUGUAUCAGCAAAUCUCUAAAAAGCUGGCCGCUCUGCAGAUUUUCCGGACAAGUGAUCAGUGCAGGGAGCGAAUUAAGAGGCUAAAGAGAGAAUACAGGAAGACCAGGGAUAAGAAUCGCUUCUCGGGCAACUCACCAAUGACAUGCCCAUUUUAUGAUGACUUUGACCGGGUCCUGAGCACUGUGCCCAGCACAGAGCCAACCGUGCUUCAUGAUGACCUGGUGAGCCCGGACGGUGCCCUGCUGGCCCCCGAAUCCAGCCUGGGGUCUGAUUGCAGGCGGCAGCCGGCUCCCAGCCAGGAUCAUGAAGUGACAUUUUUAAUGCAACCAGUUCCAGAGCAGGCUGUGGAUCAGGAUCAAGAGCAAAUUCUCAGUCCCUACUCAGAAGAGCUGUUUGAUCCUCCUGCCUCUAAAGAACAGCCCUCUGCCAAGUCUGCUGAGAACCCGGUGGAGCCAGAAGCAGCCCUAGAACCCGCCGGACCUUCAGGCUACACGGCCUGCUGUUCUUCAGGAACUCCAUCCCUGACCCAGCGUACCCUCGCGGACCGUUCCAAAAGAAAGCGUUUCCGUGAUGAAGUUAUGCUCCAUGUUCUUCAGAGGGUAGAGCAGCAGGUGCAAUACCAGAAGCAGAGGGAUGAAAGACUGGAACAACGGCGUGCUGAGAGGCAGGUGGAGAGGCUGAGGCUCGCCAUCCAGCUGGAGGCAAGCGUUUCAGCCAGGGAGCAGGCACUUGCAAAGCAGUUCCUGGAACAGGAACGGCAGCUAAGGGAGGAGGACAGAGCCCAACAGAGAGAACUGGUCCAGCAACUCCUGUCUAUAAUGGCUGCAAGAGCACAGGCCCCUGCUGCCUCUCCCACACCACGGCAUGAUGCCCCAGCAACGUACCCUCAGCCCAGCAGUAGGUGGGGACUUUCUCUGGCUGGAACCAGCCCCCUAGGACAGCUCCCGGCUCUGCUGACUUCAACCCCUGAGCCGGGGACACCAGGUGAUGGAGAGAAACCUCAGUGAAAGUGCUGGGGACUGGACAGGCACGAAUGCUCCUGGAAUGUCACAUCUCACGGCCUCGGAAUCUGCUCCCUUGUUGCUAAUGCUCCUGCGGGAGUCACUGGAGCUGUGUUAACAGUGACACUGUUGCUCUCAGCUCUUGCCAGGAUCUGCCCCAGGAGCAAAACUGGGAUUGUGGGGGGGAGCAAGGAGACCUGUCUCCAGUGGGUUUUCCCCUUUGUGUUCGGGGAUAGAGAUGUGAGAAAGGGAAGAGAGACAAAAUAAAAGAGAUUAAAGGGAGAGGGGAGAGAGACAGCGUGAAGUGUAGAUUUAACUAUCUCUGUGUAGCCAGGAAAUUACAGCGAGACGAGAAGAGAACAUAGAAUAGAAUCGCAGGGACAAGGGAGGAUGAAAUCACCUCAGAAUUGACGAUUUCCCAAAUACUCCCAAAUACUGAUAAAAUUUUCUUCAAUUCUCCCCCAUUUCUCUCUAAUUAUUGAAUAUGGAGGUAAAAUCCAUGUAGAUUUGCCCCCACACACUUUUUUUUCCCUCAAAUUACUGACCCCUUUUCUAUUCUCAGAUUUUGCCCCAUUUUCUCUCUAAUUCUCCACUAUCAAUUUCAGAUCUCCUCAGAUUUUGGAUAUUUCCCUGCCUAUUUUCUCUGCAGUAGAUUGUCCUUGUUUAGGCAGGAAAUUGUUGUCCUGAGUCAUUCCCCAGAUAGGAAGGGGGUUAGAUGGGGAGGGGGUUAGAGGGUGCUGCUUGGGAGAGCCUUGUGCCCUGGCUGCCUGUGGGGUGGGAUGGGAUGGGGUGGCCAUUCUCUGCAAGCCGUCGGGCAUGGAAGAUGCAGAGGAGGAGAAGGGAGGAACUAGAGUCCCCAGUGGAGACUGCCCACCCAGACUCAGGUUACCCAGUCCCAGCUACUGCCCCCCCACAACUGCCUGAUGCAGCUCCCACCAGUUGCCUGCCCAUCACCCUCCGGCUCCGUAUUCCCCUGCCUUGUCCUCUUAAAGCAGCUUUUCAAAGGACUCCCUGCUCAUCAUGUGAAUUGGGCAGGGGGGUUGUUUGGUUACAAACAGCCAUAUGAAAUCCUUUCAAGUGUUCCCACUUUUCUCUCUCAUUAUUGAAUAUGGAUGUAAAAUGCCCUCAGAUUUUACUGUUUCUCUCUAUUCUCAAAUAUUUAGUUUUUGACCCACUUCCUCCCAAUUCUGAUAUAAAACUCCCCAAGACUGAUAUAAAAUACCCUAAGUCUUGCCCCAUUUUCUCUCUAGUUAUCUAUUACUAAUUUAAUAUCCCCUGCGAUAUUUCCAUCUCUCUCUCAUUAUAAAAUGUUAACAUUAAAAUCUCCUCAGAUUUUGCCCUUUCCUCAAAUUCUUGAAUAUUGCAAGGAUUGCAUAUCAAAUGUUGGGGUUUUUUCUCUCUUUUGAUGAAAUACUGAUAAGAAAUUCAUUCAAUUUUUGCUUCUAUUCCUAUUAUGAACUAUUAACAUACAAUUAACAUACCCGGCUCCAGCACUGUUUGAGGCCGGCUCUCUCCCUCAGCCCCGCCUUCUGCCUCCGCGCCCCCUCCCAUGCAUCCCCCAGGCCAUUUAAAACAGCCCAGGGCCCCCACUCACCACUGGCAGCGCAGCAGAGCUGAGUGGCUUCCUGCCUGCUCACUCCACGUGGGCAGGGGGGGAUCUGUUUCCCACCCCAAGCGCCCCUGCCUUCCAAUGGGAAGCUGCAGGGGGAGUGCCUGGGGGUAGCAGCACGUGGGGACCCCCGGCCUGCCCUGCCUAGGAGCCCUUGGUGAGCGCCGCACCCCCUCCCAGAGCCUGCACCCCUACCCCUACCCUCUGGCCCCAAACUCCCUCCCAGAGCCUGCACCCCUCACCCCCUCCUGCACACCCACCCCCUGCCCUAGCCUGGAGCCUGCACCCAAACUCCAUCCCAGAGCCUGCACCCCCACCCCCUUCCCACACGCCCCCUCCUGCCCCCAAUUUCCUCCCGGAGCCUGCACCCCAGCCCUCUGCACUCCCUCCCAGAGCCUGCAACCCUUGCCCCAGCCCAGAGACUACACCCAAAUGCCAUCCCACAGCCUGCAUCCCAGACCCCCUCCCACACCCAAGCUCCCUCCCAGAGCCCAACCUCUCACUCAUCCUGCACCCCAAUCCCCUGCCCCAGCCCAGGGCCUGCAGCCCGGACCUCCUCCCCCCGCCCCGACCAAACUCCCUCCCAGAACCUUAGGCAGGUGGGGGGGGCAGAGUUUGGGGGGUGGCAGGCUCUGGCCAUUCUGGGCACCACCAAAAUUUCUACAAACCUGCUGCCCCUGCCCAUUCAUACUUCUGGCCUUCACAGCACCCUCUGGCAAUGUGUUCCAUCGGUUGACUGUGUGCUUUGUGAAGAUGUACUGCCGUAUGUUGUUUUAAACCUGCUGUCUAUUAAUUUCGUUAGGUUCCCCUGGUUCUUAUGUUAUGUGAAGGAGUAUAUAACACUUCCUUAUUCACUUUCUCCACACCAUUCAUAAUUUUAUAGACCUUUGUCAUCUCUUUUCUAAGAUGAACCGUCCCUGUCUUUUUAUUCUCUCCUCAUACAGAAGCUUGUUCCAUCCCCUGAAUCAUUUUUCUUGUCUUUCUCUGUACUUUUCCAAUUCUAAUAUUUCUUUUUUUGAGAUGGAGUGACCAGAAGUACACACAGUAUUCAAGAUGCGGACAUACCGUGGAUUUAUAUAGUGCCAUUAUGGUAUUUACUGUCUUAUCUAUCCCUUUCCUAAAGGGAAAACCUACUUGCAUUUCCUAAUGAUUCCUAACAUUCUGUUUGCUUUUUUGACUGCUGCUGCACACUGAAUGGAGGUUUUCAGAGAACUAUCCACAAGGACUCCACAAUCUCUUUCUUGAGUGGUAACAGCUAAUUUAGACCCCAUCAUUUUACAUGUAUAGUUGGAAUUAUGUUUUCCAAUAUGCCUUACUUUGAAUUUAUCAACAUUGAAUUUCAUCUGCCAUUGUGUUGCCCAUUCAUCCACUUUUGUGAGAUACUUGUGUCUCUUCACAGUCAACAUCUUGAGUAAUUUUGUGUCAUCUGCAAACUUUGCCACCUCACUCUUUACCCCUUUUUCCAGAUCACUUAUUAAUCUGUUGAACAGCACAGGACCCAGUACAUAUCAUUGGAGGACCCCACUAUUUACCUUACUCCACUUUGAAAACUGAACAUUUAUUCCUACCUUUCCUUCUCCCCCUCCCCCACAUCUUUUAACCAAUUACUGAUCCAGGAGAGGACCUUCCCGCUUGUCCCAGAACAGCCUACUUUGCUUAAGACCCUUUCGUGAGAGACUUUGUCAAAUGCUUUCUGAAAGUCCAAGUAUACUACAUGCACUGGAUCACCCCAUCCACACGUUUGUUGACGCCCUCAAAUAAUUCUAAUAGAUUGGUGAGGCAUGAUUUUGCUUUACAAAAAGCCAUGUUGACUCUUUCCUAACAUAUUCUUCUAUUUGUCUGAUAAUUCUGUUCUUUACUAUAGUUUCAACCAAUUUGUUUGGUAGUAAAGUAAGGUUUAGUGGCCUGUAAUUCCCAGGAUCCUCUCUGGAGCCUUUUUUUAAAAAUCAGCAUUACAUUAGCAAUCCUCCACUCAUCUGGUACAACGAAAAGGAGUACUUGUGGCACCUUAGAGACUGAAUGCAUCCAAUGAAGUGAGCUGUAGCUCACGAAAGCUUAUGCUCAAAUAAAUUGGUUAGUCUCUAAGGUGCCACAAGUACUUCUUUUCUUUUUGCGAAGACAUACUAACACGGCUGUUACUCUGAAACAUACCACAGUUAGUGGUUUUGAAAUUUCAUUUGAGUUCCUUCAAAACUCUAGAUUGAAUAUCAUCUGGACCUGGUGAUUUAUUACUGUUUAAUUUAUCAGUUUCUUCCAAAACCUCCUAUUGACACCUCAGUCUGGGGCAGUUCCUCAGAUUUGCCACCUAAAAAGAAUGUCUCAGGUGUGAAAAUCUCCCUCACAUUCUCUGCAGUAAAGUCCUAUGCAAAUAAUUCAUUUAGCUUCUUGUCUUUCUUGAGUGCUCCUGUAGCACCUUGAUAGUCCAGUGGCCACACUGACUAGCCACUUCCUGCUUCUGAUGUACUUUAAAAACAAUUGCUCUUAGUUUGUGUGUCUUUUGCUAAUUGUUCUUCAGAUUUGUUUUUGGCCUCCCUGCCUAAUUAUACUUCCUGUGACUUGCCACA